GACGAUGAUUUUUUUGUAAUGAAAAUUUAUUUUGAACAUAUUCUACAGCGGUUCAUAUUUAUCAAUAUGUGAGAUCAUUUUAGCUGAAAAUUCAUCAUUUAUUAUUGAAAUUUGUUGCUAUCAUAAUUCUCUUGUUGUUAUUAGCCAUAGUGAACCAUUUUUUUUUAUCGAUAAUUAUUGGAAAUUAUUUGAUCCAUUGGUAUUAUUGUUGCCAAUAUGUUUUUACCACAUCAUCAUCAUCAUCAUCAGAUUUAUUGGCCUUGUACUUGUUGAUUGUUCAUCAUUCAUUGUUUUGAUUUUUUUUUCAUUGACCAACAUUUUAAAAAGUUAUCUUGAUGCCUGAUUCCGGUUCUUAUCAUCAUCAUCGGCGAAAAAUGAGUUCAGAAGAUGAAAAUUUCGAUGAAAAAGCACAACGAAGAAUUAUUGAUGCAAAAGUUAAAGCUCGUCCUGAGCUUGACAUGUGUGGAUGGACAAAAUUUAAUCAUAUUGAAAAAUUUGAUCUUAAUUAUCGGCCAGAUAAUUGUGAACGUAUUAGAAUUCAUCAAGUAUCUACCGAAGAAUUUAUUGCCAAAUAUGAAAUGAAAUAUCGUCCAGUAGUCAUUACAGGUGUUUGUGAUGAUUGGAAAACUAUGGAAAAAUGGAAUCUUGAGAAAUUGGCGAAAAAAUAUCGUAAUCAAAAAUUUAAAUGUGGUGAAGAUAAUGAAGGCUAUAGUGUUAAAUUGAAAAUGAAAUAUUUUGUCCAUUAUAUGAAAAAUAAUCAGGACGAUAGUCCAUUAUAUAUCUUUGAUAGCACAUUUGGUGAGCAUCCACGUAAGAAGAAAUUACUUGAAGAUUAUCAAGUGCCAGCUUAUUUUCGUGAUGAUUUGUUUAAAUAUGCUGGUGAAGAGAAACGUCCACCAUAUCGUUGGUUUGUGAUGGGUAGUGCUCGAUCUGGCACCGGUAUACAUAUUGAUCCAUUAGGUACAAGUGCCUGGAAUGCAUUAGUGAUGGGCACCAAACGUUGGUGUUUAUUUCCGACAAAUACACCGAAAGAACUUAUUAAAGUGCAACCAAAUGAAGGCGGCAAUCAAACCGAUGAAGCAAUCACAUGGUUUUCUGUGAUAUAUCCACGAACUCAAAUGGAUGAUUGGCCAAAACAAUUUAAACCAAUUGAAAUUAUUCAAAAAGCAGGUGAAACUGUAUUUGUGCCUUCUGGUUGGUGGCAUGUUGUGCUCAAUCUUGACAAUACGAUUGCCGUAACACAAAAUUUUUGUAGUUUAACAAAUUUUCCAAUUGUAUGGCAUAAAACUGUACGUGGUCGACCUAAAUUAUCGGUAAAAUGGCUUGAUAAUUUAACAAAACAUUUACCUGAAUUGACCACCAUAGCUCAACGUAUCGAUCUCAAUCAACCGACUGGUGUUGCAUCCGAUAGUGAUGAUAGUUCCAGUUCAAGCUCAGAUUCUGAAUGUUCAAAUCCGGAUUGUAGCUGCCGGAAAUCAUGCAAUUCGGAUAAUGACAAUAAUCGCAACAACGAUGAUGAUGAUGAUGAUGAUGAUCUCCAAAUUAGCACAACGAACAAAUACAAAAGGAAAAGAUAUCGAUCGACUAGUGUGUCAAGCAAUGAGGAUAAUAGCAAUAAAUAAAAAAAGGUGAUAUACAUCCAUUGGCCAAUCAUCAUUGAC